GGUAGGAUUAUGUUUUACAUGAUAUUUCCUUGCGUUCUUGUCUUUAACAGCCAAUCCGGCACUAGACACAAAUAAAGUUCCUCGCUUCUAAACAACUACGAAUAUACAUAUUUCCUGGAUUUCCAUAGGUCACUCUUAUUUUUACGCUUCAAUCUCUACAGUAUCGUAUUUUUUCUUAUUACUCAUAUAUCAUAGCGCAUUGGUUUGGUUCAGCCAAUCACCAAUUGUGUAAUGCACAGCAUGGGCACAUGGUACAGAUUUUAUUUGUUACACGAGUCGAUACAAGUUUUAUGUAAAGCUAGUAUAACAACAUAGAGAGCUGUGUACAUGCAGGGAGCUGUCUAAAAGAGUACAACAUUUUUCAGCCAGAGAUGGGCAACUCCAACGGCGUUGAGCUUCUUUUUAGUGGAGUUGGAGUUGUAUUUCUAUUAAAGUAGAGUUGAGUUCAGAUUUUUUCAACUUCAGCUUCACAACUUCAAUUAAAAAUCUGAAUAUUUUUUCCUUUUUUUGUUACGUCGGUAGAGAGAGUGUUUUCACAGAAUGAUUUUCUUUUCCGAUCUCAUCGAUGUAAAAUGGCAAAAAGUUCGCUUUCAAAAUUAACAUUGUUGAAAUGCAAUUUUGAAUUGCUAAAUUGACAUUUUUUGUGUGUACUCUUGUAAGCAAAAGCGAAAUAAAUAACUGUUAAUAAAAUAAAGAAGAAACUGAAUGAAGACAAAGCAAGUUCUUAUUUGAGUUGAAACGAAGUUGGAGUUAGAGUUGGAGUUGAACUUAACGGGAGUUAUCCAUCUCAGUUUUCAACAAUAUUUGAUUCAAAAUACAUUAGAAUAAAAUUUUUUUUGUUGUUGUAUUCUUAGUUGUAGUCCGCGCCGCUCAUUUAUCAUAGUGCUUAAAUCAAUAGUACCUGGUAGUUCCAAAUUUUUAUAUAUUUCCAAAACCAAGAAUCGAGUUAGCUAGAAUUAGCAGUGUGUUCAAUAAAAAAAUUCUUAUCAAAUGUCAACGAUUAAAAGAACGCGAUUCUAAAUACUUCUUGCUAGCAAGGUAACUUUGUGUAGUGAUCCUCCGCAUAAGCUUUUGCCCUUUCAUAACGGAAUCUCCUAAAAGAUACUUUAAUAAAAACAAUCAAACAGAACAAUAUUACAACAACGGCCAUGGCUUAAGAUAUACUAAAAUUUUUACAUGAUGUUAUGGAUGAUGUGUUAGGUGAUGGUUCAAAUGUAAAAGUAUAACUAUUGUUACUGAAUUAUGUUAAUAUGAUAAAUAAUAGAAAAGGUUUUAUGAUAUAUUUUGUUUACUUAAUCAGAAAUAACAACAAGUCACUGGUCUGUUGCAAUAAAAAAGAUGAUGAUGAAUCGGUGACAGCGGUAGUGAUGAGGAACUGAAAAACAGAAGCAAAUGAAAUUUUUUAUGUACAAACAAAAGUUUGACAGAAUUCAUAGAUCUGGACGAAGAUACUGAUGUUUCAGUUAUUGAUUGCCUAUGUACUCAGUUACUCCUUUGUAUUUUCUAUUUACAUUAAAUGAGUCUUUUUCUGAAGUAUAUCUGAUCUGACUGUUUUUUUUCUAGAUGGGUAUUAUGCGAGUUGGCAAUGCUGAUUAUUCUCAAUAUUUUCUAAUUGCCUGUAUUUUAAUGUUUAUAAGUAUGCUAUGUUGUAUAACAGCAUUUGCAGCACCCUAUUGGACGGCUCGUUAUCAAAAUACCCCAAAAGAUUUUAGACACAUUGGUCUUUGGGAGUUAUGCUUGUAUAAAUAUCGACAUUAUAAGGAUGAUUUACAAAAACCUUACACUGGCUGUUUUUGGUUUUGGGGAAAUGAUAUGUAUCGACUUCGUGAUUGGAUUAUACCACCGUGGUUUAAAUGGGUUCAAGGAUUUGCAACGUUGGCAUUUAUAUUCACAAUUGUUCUGAUGUCAGCCAUUGCUAUUGCACUGUUUUCAACGUUUCGUUGGCGUUGGAAAUAUAUGGGCUUUUUUAGUAUCAUUGCAUUUGCUAUUUGUGUAUUUGAAAUAAUUGCACUAUCGCUUUAUGGUGUUCGUGGUCAAGAUCGCCUCUGGAUGCCACGGCCUGAAUUUAAUUUCUUUUCAUUUGGCUAUUGGUCUGAAUUUGCUGCAGCUAUUAGUGCCUUUUUUGCAAGCACUUUAUUUUUCAUGGAUGCUCGUUGGCUACGAGCACCGUACGACGCUGUGGAAGAAAAACGUUCACAAAAUCGUAAAUCGCCUUCGAACGGAUCACAUCUAUUACUAACAAAUUCAUUCAAAGCAUCUAUAUGA